UCUUUUAACCUCAUACAUUUUUGUCCCCUACUACUUACAAAAGCUUCAUUAAUACCAACAAAAUUCCUCAUGCCGAAGGAUUAUCAUUUGUGGUUUUCUGAAAAAGGUCGUUUACCGCAUCAAACUUCUUUAAAUUCAAGCGUUGACGUAGAAGAUCGUAAGACCUUAAGAGAAGCUCUUUAUCAGGGCAUUUUUCAUCGUCAUCGAAGAACCAUUUUUGCCGUAGGCAGUUUUCUACGUAUGCUACGCAGUCGUAAUUCACAAUAUAAUACCAUACGUAGCUCAUCAGAGGGCGAGGAUAUCGAUGAGGUCAGAUAAAAUACAAUGUGUAAAGAUAAAGUUGAAAAAACGUAAUAUUUAAAUAAGAGAAAAAAGUGAAAAUAUUUAAUUAAUAUAUAAACUAAAAUAUAUAUAAAAAAGAAUUAAUAAUUAAGUUAAUGUUAUUUUAUAAAACAAAUUAGAAAAAACAAACAAUAACAACUUUAUAAAUAUUUGUAUGAAAUGAAAAAAGAAGAAAACGAAAAAUAAGUGGGAACAAGUUCUUAGAAUUCAAAUAAUUAUAACAAUUCCAAAUGAUGAAAAAAAACAGGUAAAUUAUUAUGAUUUUCAAAAUUUAGUAGAAAAAUAUCUAUAGUUUUCUUUAGUUUUAGUAGAAUUAGCAAAAAAAAGAAACAAAAUAUUAAAAAUUAAACAACUAAAAGCUUGAUUACUCAAACGUAAAGUAAUAAAACGUUAGACUAACGUUUCCAUUAAGUAGCUUAACGUUUGUGUAGUGUUGCUUUUUGGUGGGUGGUUUUUAAUAUUUUAUUAUUUUAUUAGUAGUUUUGUGUACUUAUUAUUAUAAAAAUAUUGUAUUAAAAAUAUUUAAACUUUAUUUUGUGAUUAGAA